AUGGCGCACAGCGGUCGGUGGCGCUUCCCGGCCCGGCCGGGCACUGGCGCCUGGGGCCGCCGCGGGCUCGGGGGCUGCCGCGUGCGGGCGGCUUUCUGGGCCCUGGCCACUGGCGAUCCUGUCCAGAAGAAACCGGAUGAACAGUUCCUAGGUUUUGGCUCAGAUGAUGAGGCCAAAGGACAGAGUCCCACCAAAUCUUCCACAGUCAAGUCUAGUGCACGGAAACCACGUGGGAGACCCAGAAACAUCUUGGACCAAAGUUCACCUGUGCUUUCCAAGUCCUCCUUAACGUAUUCCCCUCCAAGCAAACCAGAACUCACAUCAGCGGAAAAAGUGAAGAAGAAAGAACUGAAAAGUGGAGAAAAGAGACGAGGGAGGCCUCCUGCACUCGCCAGCAUGAAGUUCAAAAUCAGCCACAUGAAGGGCACACCAGAUGCUCAGAAGGGGGGCAAGGAGGAAAAGGAGGCUCUCAAGAAGGUAAAGCGGGCCCCAUCCACAGCUUUUCAGCAUGCCACAAAAAUCAAGAAGCUAAGAGCAGGCAAACUCUCCCCACUGAAGUCCAAAUUCAAAUCCGGCAAACUUCAGAUUGGAACAGAGAGUUCCCAGCUGGAGAAAGCCCAGAGGAUCAGGAAGGAGAAAGAUGGCGUGCCACUGCUCCCCAAAGAAGACAAGCCUGCGGUCAGGCAGAGCCCCCGCAGGAUCAAGCCAGUGCGGAUCAUUCCUUCCUCCAAGAGGACAGACGCCACCAUUGCCAAGCAACUCUUGCAGAAGGCGAAAAAGGGGGCCCAGAAGAAGAUUGAGAAAGAAGCGGCCAAGCUGCAGGGCCGGAAGGCAAGAACUCAGCUGAAGAACAUCCGCCAGUUCAUCAUGCCAGUGGUGAGUGCAAUCUCUUCCCGGAUCAUUAAAACUCCCAAGCGCUUCAUUGAAGAUGAAGACUAUGACCCACCCAUCAAGAUAGCCCGCCUGGAGUCUACACCCAACAGCCGGUUCAGUGCUACCUCCUGUGGGUCCAGUGAGAAGUCCAGUGGUGCCUCUCAUCACUCCUCACAGAUGUCUUCAGAUUCCUCCCGGUCCAGCAGCCCCAGUGUCGAUACAUCCACCGAUUCUCAGGCUUCUGAAGAGAUGCAGGCGCUUUCUGAAGAGUGCAGCAAUACUCCGGAGGUCGUUCCCUCUUCGUUGCCUGUCUCCCAGUCUCCUGAGAAUGAGGGUGGUGAGAGGAGGAGGAGGAGGAGGUUUUCAGUGGCAGAGCGAAGUUUUGGGCCCAAAAUUGCUAAGAAGCUGCCCAGCCUCCAGAGCCUCUCGCAGCAGCAGCCCUCCUCUGCCUCUCCCCCCCCACCGCUCCUCACCCCUCCCCCUCCCCUCCAGCCAGCAGCCAGCGUCUCUGAGCACGCCCCAUGGCUCAUGCCCCCCACCAUUCCUUUGGCAUCACCCUUUCUGCCGUCCUCCGCUGCACCCAUGCAAGAGAAACGGAAGUCCAUCCUUCGUGAGCCGACUUUCCGGUGGACCUCUCUCAAGCAUUCUAGGUCUGAACCUCAGUACUUUUCCUCAGCAAAAUACGCCAAAGAAGGUCUCAUCCGCAAACCCAUAUUUGAUAACUUCCGGCCUCCUCCGCUGACCCCGGAGGAUGUUGGCUUUGCCUCUGGCUUCUCAGCUCCCGGUGCCCCAGCUCCGACGCGCUUAUUUUCUCCUCUGCACUCCGGGACAAGGUUUGAUCUCCACAAGAGGAGCCCUCUGUUGCGAGCCCCAAGAUUCACUCCAAGCGAGGCCCACUCACGCAUCUUUGAGUCCGUAACCUUACCCUCGUCUGUUAGUCGAGCUGCCGGAGGAGCCGCUGCAACGUCCGUCUCUUUGAGGAAGCGGAAGAGGAGGGUGUUCAGCCCAAUUCGACCUGAGCCCAGAUCUCCAUCACACUCCAUGCGGACGAGAAGCGGGCGGCUGAGCGCCUCGGAGCUGCCGGCUCACCCGUCCCCAUCGUCCGUCCCUUCGUCGCUUGCAAGCAUUUCUGUCGGUUCCUUGACCACCAGUGCCUUAAACGCCAGCUUCACUUUCCCUACCCAUUCCCUUUCCCAGCCUGGGGAAUCGGUAGAGAAGAGUCAGCGACCAAGGAAGCAGCCGGGGGUCCCCGCCGAGCCCUUCUCGUCCAGCAGCCCCGCUCCCCUCUUCCCCUGGUUCCCACCCAGCUCCCACACGGAGAGGGGGAGGAACAAAGACAGAGCCUCAGAGGAGCCCUCCAAGGGCAAGGAAAGCGACCGGAGUGUGGAGAAGGAGAAGAGCCGGGAGAGAGACAGAGAGAGGGAGAAAGAAAACAAGCGCGAGUCGCGGAAGGAGAAGAGGAGGAAGGCUCCCGAAAUCCAGAGCAGCUCCGCUCUGUUCCCGGGGGCUCGCGUUUCCAAAGGGAGAGUGGCUGUCAGCGAAGACCCCGCCAUCUCCUCCUCUGCCAAAAAGGCCGUGGGGCGCAAGAAGUCGACAGGCACUGACCUCGUGGCCGAUGGGCCUGCCGUGGUGCUGGUGGACUCGGCAACGGCCAUCAAGACCAAGAUGGCCAAGAGAGGCCGGGGAGGGCUGGAGAAGGCCAGCCUGGACCUCGGCCUUCCAGCCCCCGCAGCGGGGAAGGAAGACGGGCUCAGGCUGCCCGCAGCUUCCUCCAUCAGCUCCGUGCUGGCCCAUGCAGACAAGAUGCCGAUGACGGACAAGAGGGUGGCCAGCCUCCUCAAGAAGGCGAAGGCCCAGCUGUGCAAGAUCGAGAAGAUCAAGUCUCUCAAGCAGGUGGACCAGCCAAAGGGACAGGGUCAAGAGAGUGAUUCAUCAGAGGCCUCGGUGAGAGGGCCGCGCAUCAAGCAUGUCUGCAGGAGAGCAGCCGUCGCACUUGGGCGCAAGCGAGCGGUCUUCCCGGACGACAUGCCCACCCUGAGUGCCUUACCGUGGGAAGAGAGGGAGAAGAUCCUGUCUUCCAUGGGGAACGACGACAAGUCCUCCGUUGCUGGUUCGGAAGAGGCCGAGCCCCAGGUGCCGCCCAUCAAGCCCAUCAAGCCCGUGACCAGGCACAAGCCCCCCCCAGAACCUCCCGUAAAGAAAGGCCGGCGCUCAAGGCGCUGUGGGCAGUGUCCGGGCUGCCAGGUGCCGGAGGACUGCGGUGUCUGUACCAAUUGCCUGGAUAAGCCAAAGUUUGGGGGGCGUAACAUUAAAAAACAGUGCUGCAAGAUGAGGAAGUGUCAGAAUCUGCAGUGGAUGCCCUCGAAAGCCUAUCUGCAGAAGCAAGCCAAAGCUGUGAAGAAGAAAGAGAAGAAGUCCAAGUCCAGCGACAAGAAAGAGAGCCAUGCUGGGAAGAGCCAGUCGGAGUCUGGGCAGAAAGCGGCCCCACAGCCCGUCCUGGCCAGAGAGGAGCACCCCGCAAAGAGAGGCAGCGAGCCUGCCCGGAAGCCCAGUGAGGAGAAGAGCGAGGAGGGGCCCCCACCAGCCCCACCAGACCACAGACAGGCCCCUCCGCCUGCUGCCAGGAAAGCCGGAAAGCAAGUGCCGGCGCCCUCCCCACCACCACCUAGUUCGUGCCCACCAAGGAGGGAAGCCCCUAAAAGCAUCCCUGCGGAGCCCAAGAAGAAGCCCGCUCUGCCACCAGAGGCAGGCAUAGAGCAAAACAAGCAAAAGAAAAUCACUCCUCGUCCGAGCUUACCAGUGAAACAGAAGCCGAAGGAAAAGGAAAAGCCCCCUGCACUCAACAAGCCUGAAAACAGCACACUCAACAUGUUAAACACUCUGUCAAAUGGUAGCUGUUCCAAACAGAAGCCUCUGACGGAUGGAGUCCACAGGAUCCGAGUAGACUUCAAGGAGGACUGUGAAUCCGAGAACGUUUGGGAGAUGGGCGGUCUGGGUAUUCUGACCUCGGUGCCGAUAACUCCCAGAGUGGUCUGCUUUCUCUGUGCCAGCAGCGGGCACAUGGAGUUUGUGUAUUGCCAAGUGUGUUGUGAGCCCUUCCACAAAUUCUGCCUGGAGGAGAGUGAGCGCCCCCUGGAGGAUCAGCUGGAGAACUGGUGCUGCCGCCGGUGCAAAUUCUGCCACGUGUGUGGGAGGCAGCAUCAGGCCACCAAGCAGCUGCUGGAGUGCAACAAGUGCCGAAACAGCUUCCACCCAGAGUGCCUGGGACCAAACUACCCAACCAAGCCUACCAAGAAAAAGAAAGUUUGGAUCUGCACGAAAUGUGUUCGAUGCAAGAGCUGUGGUGCGACGACGCCAGGCAAAGGGUGGGAUGCCCAGUGGUCUCAUGACUUCUCGCUGUGCCAUGAUUGUGCCAAGCUCUUUGCGAAAGGGAACUUCUGCCCCCUCUGUGACAAGUGCUAUGACGACGAUGACUACGAGAGCAAGAUGAUGCAGUGUGGGAAAUGUGACCACUGGGUCCACUCCAAGUGCGAAAACCUUUCAGAUGAGAUGUAUGAGAUCCUCUCCAGCCUGCCGGAGAGCGUGGCUUACACGUGCACUCACUGCACGGAGCAGCAUCCUGCUGAGUGGCGCCUGGCGCUGGAGAAUGAGCUGCAGCAGUCUUUGAAGCAGGUGGUGGCGGCCCUGCUCAGUUCCCGGACAACCAGCCACUUGCUGCGCUGCAGACAGGCAGCCAAGCCGCCUGAUUUAAACCCUGAGACCGAGGAAAGCAUUCCGUCCCGAACCUCUCCGGAAGGCCCGGACCCUCCUGUGCUAACGGAAGUCAGCAAGCAGGAGGAGCAGCAGCCUCUGGACCUGGAGGGAGUGAAGAGAAGGCUGGACCAAGGAGGCUACUCCUCUGUGCUGGAACUGAGUGAUGACAUUGUGAAGAUCAUCCAAGCAGCCAUGAAUGCCGACGGAGGGCAGCCAGAACUCAAGAAGGCCAACGGCAUGGUGAAGUCUUUCUUUAUUCGGCAAAUGGAACGAGUUUUUCCAUGGUUCAAUGUAAAGAAAUCAAGAUUUUGGGAACCCAAUAAAGUCACAACCAAUAGUGGAAUGCUGCCAAACGCGGUCUUGCCCCCAUCCCUCGACCAUAAUUAUGCUCAGUGGCAGGAACGUGAAGAAAACAGUUGUGCUCAGCAGCCCCCUCUGAUGAAGAAAAUAAUCCCCGCUCCCAAACCCAAAGGGCCAGGAGAACCAGACUUCCCAACGCCACCGCCUCCCCCCGCGGCACCCGUGUCCAGCUCUGACAGAGGCAGAGAGGACAGCCCAGACCUCGCCCCCCCUCCGGAUGUGGAAGACAACCGGCAGUGUGCCCUUUGCUUGAAAUAUGGAGACGAUGGGACAAAUGACGCUGGCCGUCUCCUCUACAUUGGCCAGAAUGAGUGGACGCACGUGAACUGUGCCCUGUGGUCUGCGGAGGUGUUUGAGGAUGAUGACGGCUCCUUGAAGAAUGUGCACAUGGCGGUGAUCCGAGGGAAACAGCUGAGGUGUGAGCUGUGCCUGAAGUCGGGGGCCACGGUGGGCUGCUGCUUGGCCUCCUGCACCAGCAACUAUCACUUCAUGUGCUCCCGGGCCAAAAACUGCGUCUUCCUGGAGGACAAGAAAGUGUACUGCCAGCGCCAUCGAGACCUGAUCCAGGGAGAGCUACAGGUGGUGCCUGAGAAGGGGUUUGAGGUCCUGCGAAGAGUCUUCGUGGAUUUUGAAGGGAUUAGCUUGAGGCGGAAGUUUCUCAAUGGUUUGGAACCAGAGAACAUCCAUAUGAUGAUUGGGUCCAUGACUAUUGACUGCCUUGGAAUUCUGAAUGAUCUUUCUGAUUGUGAAGACAAACUUUUCCCCAUUGGCUACCAGUGUUCUCGGGUGUAUUGGAGCACAACAGAUGCUAGGAAGCGCUGUGUAUACACGUGCAAGAUUGUGGAAUGCCGCCCUCCCACCUCAGAGCCAGAUAUCAAUAGCACUGUGGACCACGAUGACAACAGGACAAUCGCACACAGCCCAGUGCCGCCUCCCGAAAUCCUCGCUAAUGAAGUCCAUGGCGUCUCUGCAGCUGUGAGUCCUCUGUCUUCAGACCUUCCUGCGCAUUUGCAGAACUGCAAGGCUCUGCGGAUCAGAAGGCCAAGUUUCGCCCCAGUCCAGCGAUCCCCCGGUUCGAGGCCAUUGCCCUCUGCAGGGAGCCCCGCCCCCGUGACUCACGAGAUCGUGACCGUGGGAGACCCGCUGCUGUCGUCGGGACUCCUUCUCCGGAGCAUUGGCCCCAGGAGGCACAGUGCGUCUCCUCUCUCCCCUCCGCAGCCCCGGUCCUGGGUGCUGUCUGCCAGCAAGGCCAGGGCCCCUCUCUCCAGGCCCAGCGUGGGCCCCGCCCCCCACGAGCAGGACUGGAGCCUCCCGCUGCCGGCAGAACAGUCGCUGGGCCCGGCAGCCUCCCGCGUGGCUCUCCAGAGCAGCUCUGCCCCUCCCAGUGCCCAGAGAGCGGCGGUGAGAAGUGGGAGCAAAGGCCCUCCCCCUCUGGAGGGAUCUGUGUCCUUGGAAGUGCCGCCUCCUGGGGGGUCCAUCCCCACGAGUGCUGAGAAAGCCAAGGUUCUGAGUCCCAGAGACGCCAGCGCUUCCCCCAGGAGCUCCAAGGCCAGCCCUCUGGUGGCGGCAGGCACAGCUGGCACGGAGCCGAGCACCAGCCAAGGGGGGGGGAUGCUCCUGGAAACCCCCCCGCCUGGAUUGCUUUCCUCCAAAGACACGGCGGCUUCCCUGCCUUUACAUCAGAGAGCCCCAAAGAAGGAACAGGACCAGCCGAUGGACCUCCCACAGCCAGAGCUGACCUGUGCUUCCGAGGAGGCGGAAGGGAAGGGCUCCAAGACCCCCGGCGGGAGUACCAAGCCUCCCCCGGCCAGUGAGCCCGUUCCCUCUGUGAGCAGAGAGAGGCGACAGAAAGGGAAGAAAGGGACGGCGGAGAGGCGUUCCAGUAAGCUCCCGACAGGUUCGGGUCUCCUCCCGGGUGGCGGUGAGCAAAGGGCAGGGCCGGAACGGGUCACUCCGGCCCCUGAGCCCUGCAGGGCUGUUGCUGCUGAGAAGGCCACGGAGAGGAUCUCCAGGGCAGCCCUUUGCCAUGGUGAAGGAGGAGGAGGGACGCCCUCAAAGGACCUGCCAGCCUCCCAGAAGCGCACGGUGAAGGUCACCCUGACUCCCCUCAGGAUGGAGGGGGAGAGCCAGCCCAGGAGCGCCCCGAGGGAGAGCGACGCAGGGGGGGCCUCCCAGGACAGCCAGCCGGCUUCUGUGGCACCGCCCCUGCCCCCCGGGGCUGGCCCUGUGGCCCAGGAGGGACCACGUGACCCUCCCGCCCCGGGGCCCCACCAGAGCCUUCCUGGCCGAGACUGCCCCUUGAUACUCCAGGAGGGGGCGGCGGCUAAAGCAACGGAAGAGGGCGCCUACAAGCGGCGGUACCCCAGGCGCAGCGCCCGGGCCAGGUCCAACAUGUUCUUUGGGCUGACUCCCUUGUACGGCGUGAGGUCCUAUGGCGAGGAAGACAUCCCCUUCUUCAGCACCUCCACCGGGAAGAAGCGGGGCAAGAGGUCUGCCGAGGGGCAGGUGGACGGUGCGGACGACGUCAGCACGUCAGACGAGGAAGAUCUCUACUACUACAAUUUUGCCAGGACCGUGGUGUCCGGCACGGAAGAGCACCUGGUGUCCCACAACCUGUUCCGAGAGGAGGAGCAGUGUAGCCUUCCCAAAAUCUCCCAGCUCGAUGGGGUGGACGAUGGGUCAGAAAGUGACACGAGCAUCACCGUGGCCGCGAGGAAAGUGAAUCCAGGGACCAAAAGGGGGGGCGGGGGCGGCAAAGAGAAUGGGACAGAGAGCUUGAAACUUGAUAGGAGUGAAGAAAGCGGAGAGAAAGCUCACGCGACGAAGAUCUCAGCCGGCCACAAAAGUGCUGACCCAAAGACAGAGAACUGCCGGGCCAAGGCUCAGAGCCAGGAUUCCCUGGAAGCUCAGCUGAGCUCCUUGGACGCCGGACGCCGGCCUCGCGCCAGCACGCCUUCGGACAAGAAUCUGCUGGACACCUUCAGCACCGAGCUCCUGAAGUCCGACUCCGACAACAACAACAGUGACGACUGUGGGAACAUUCUCCCUUCCGACAUCAUGGACUUUGUCCUGAAAAACACCCCCUCGAUGCAGGCCCUGGGAGAAAGUCCCGAGUCCUCGUCCUCCGAACUCCUGACGCUGGGAGAAGGGCUCGGCCUGGACAGCAACCGGGGCAAGGACAUCGGCCUCUUCGAGGUGUUUUCCCAGCAGCUGCCAACGGCGGAACCGGUGGACAGCAGCGUCUCCUCAUCCAUCUCUGCAGAGGAGCAGUUUGAGCUGCCUCUGGAGCUUCCUUCCGAUCUCUCUGUCCUGACGACUCGAAGCCCCGCGGUGCCCAGCCAGAGCCACAGCAGGCUCGCUGUGAUUUCAGAAUCGUCACUCUCCUCGUCUGGGGAGAGAUCUAUGCUAGCUUUGUCUGCUGCAGAAUCUGCGGAGAAGAGAGUGGCCGUCACCGAGAAACCUGCCUCCAGUGAAGGAGAGCCGGCUCUCUUAAGCCCGCGAGUGGAUCCCAGCCCGGAAGGACACAUGACCCCUGACCCCUUCAUUCAAGGCCACAUGGAAGCGGAUCAUAUUGCGAGUCCCCCAUGUGGACAAGUGGAGCAGAACCACGGAGCCGGCCAAGACUUGACAAGGAACACCGGGACCCCUGCUCUCCAAGUACCGGCAUCUCCUACCCUCCCUCUCCAGAAUCCCAAAUAUGGCCCAAACUCGACAGAGAGCCCAGGUCCGUCUCAGAUCUCUAACGCUGCUGUGCAGACGGCCCCCCACCAUCUAAAGGCAGCGGCUGAAAAGCUCCUAGUGGUUAACCAGAACAUGCAGCCGCUCUACGUCCUGCAGACUCUUCCCAAUGGCGUCACCCAAAAGAUCCAGCUGACCUCCUCGGUCAGCUCGGCGCAGGGCGUGAUGGAGGCGAGCCCUUCCGUGCUGGGGCCCCUGGGCACGGGGCUCGCGUUGGCGGCAGGCCUGAGUCCCGGCUUGCCCUCCUCCCAGCCUCUCUUCCCGCCGGCCGGCAAAGGGCUGCUGCCCUUGCCGCAUCACCAACACUUGCAUUCCUUUUCUGCAGCACCCCAGAGUGGCUUCCCUCCUGCUCUCGGCAGCCCUGCCCCCCCGGGCCUCCUGAUUGGUGUCCAGCAGCCACCGGAGCCGGAAACCCCUCCGAGAGCGGAUGCUGGGCCCGCAGCUACCACGCCUGCUUCCGGCCUUGUCAAGAAGAGGCCGAUCGCUCGCCUGCAGUCGCGGAAGAAUAAGAAGCUAGCCCCUUCCACCGCGGCCUCUUCCGACAUGGUCUCAAACAUGACUUUAAUUAACUUCACCCCCUCCCAGCUCCCCAGCCCUUCGGGCCUACUAGAUCUGGGAACCGUUGGCCACGCAGCCUCUCACAGAACCCUCCCCAAUAUAAUCAAGCGUUCAAAGUCAGGGGUGAUGUACUUUGAGCAGGCGUCCCUGUUGCCCCAGUCCGUAGGGACCGCUGCAGCUGCUGGGGUCGGAACGUCCCCUCCUGUCGUGGGGCCCUCGGAGGCAGGCCCCCUUGCCACCGGGCCUGUGCCGGGCCUCAGCUCCACUCCCCCCGUGCUGAACGUGGUGCCGAUGCAGACAUCGGCGGUGCCUUCUGCCGGCACACCGGUCCCUGGGCACGCGGCAGGACGAGGAUCCGUGGCGCUGAGUAGCCCCGGGCCGCAGGGAGUCUCUGAGCUCGGCCCUCUCAGCAGCCUUUUGGUCAAGGCCUCUCAGCAGGGCCUGGGCCUCCCGGAGCAGCACACAGGGGUGCCCCCCCCUGGCUCGAGCGUGUUUCCACAGCUGGGCACCUCGGGUGUCUGUGUCUUGCCCCCGGCCCACCCUCUGGGCGCGCCCAUUGACCCCGAAGGCUCCUACCAGCCCCCGGCGACAUCAGGACUGGGCGGCAGAGGGGACCUCGCCCCUCCACUCUCCAGCUUCCCCCCGCUGGUGGGUGUCUCGGACACGGCAGCAGCCCCGGAGCAGAGCAAGCCUCCCCCCCCUCUGGCCGCCCACUCCCACUCCGCUUCUCCCGGGGGCUCCCUGCCUGCUGACCAGCCGGCCCCCCUGAAGGCCAAGCUCAAAGCAAAGCGGCUCCAGCCCUCGGCGGACAGCAGAGCGUCGGGGAAGAAGCACAAAACGUCUCACCCGUGGACCACCGCGCCGGAGAAGCACACGCCCCACCACGGAGCCACCGCGGCUGCCCAGGACUCCUCCUCGGGUGUCGGGAUUCCUGCCCCGAAGGCCCACGCAGAAGAGGAAGCCAGCAGAGAGCGGCCCUCGCCCAGGGCGCCAGGGCAGACGGCAUCGUCUCUCCCAGAGCCACAGCCAGCACAGAACGCCGCCAGUGAGCUGGACAAUGCAGAUGCCAAAGCAGCUGAGGAGGAGGAGGAGGAAGAAGAGGAGGAGGAGGGCACCUUCAGCUCUCCUCUCAUCUUCUGGCUGCAGCAGGAGCGGAGGAGGAAGGAGAGCCUUGCUGAGAGGAAGCCAAAGAAAGGGCUGGUUUUUGAGAUCUCGAGUGACGAUGGCUUUCAGAUCAGCUCCGAAAGUAUUGAAGAUGCCUGGAAGUCUUUGACUGACAAGGUCCAGGAGGCCCGCUCCAACGCCCGCCUGAAGCAGCUCUCUUUCACAGGUGUGAGCGGACUGCGGAUGCUGGGCCUCCUCCACGAUGCCGUCGUCUUCCUGGUCGAGCAGCUCUCUGGGGCGAAGCACUGCCACAACUACAAGUUCCGGUUCCACAAGCCAGAGGAGGCGAAGGAGCCCCCCGUCAACCCCCACGGCUGCGCCAGGGCAGAGGUGCACCGAAGGCAAUCUGCCUUUGACAUGUUCAAUUUCCUGGCUUCCAAGCACCGCCAGCCGCCAGACUACAACCCCAAUGAGGAGGAGGAGGAGGAGGUGCAGCUGAAGUCUGCCCGGAGGGCCACCAGCAUGGACCUGCCGAUGCCCAUGCGGUUCCGGCACCUGAAGAAGACCUCCAAGGAAGCCGUUGGUGUCUACAGGUCCCCCAUCCACGGCCGGGGCUUGUUCUGCAAAAGGAACAUCGAUGCAGGAGAGAUGGUCAUCGAAUACGCUGGCAACGUGAUCCGCUCCAUCCUGACGGACAAGCGCGAGAAGUACUACGACGGCAAGGGCAUCGGCUGCUACAUGUUCCGCAUUGACGACUCAGAGGUGGUGGACGCCACCAUGCACGGAAAUGCCGCCCGCUUCAUCAACCACUCGUGCGAGCCCAACUGCUAUUCCCGGGUCAUCAACAUCGAUGGGCAGAAGCACAUUGUCAUCUUUGCCGUGCGCAAGAUCUACCGUGGCGAGGAGCUCACCUACGACUACAAGUUCCCCAUCGAGGAUGCCAGCAACAAGCUGCCCUGCAACUGUGGCGCCAAGAAAUGCCGCCGGUUCCUCAACUGAGCCGGCCCGGCUGCUGCGGCGGUUGCUCUGGGGUCUCUCUCGGCCCAAUACACACCUGGCAGGUGGGGCCGGGGCACCCCCUCCGAGGCACUCCCUUCCCCUCCCGA